AUGAGACCACCACCUGGUAUGGAACACCUUACCAAACCAGGAAAUGUAUUGAGGCUGAAGAAAGCCAUCUAUGGCAGUGACAAAGAAGAGAUCAUCUCGACCAAAGCGUUCCUUAAGGCUUCAUUUGAUAUCAAGGACUUGGGAGAGCUCAAAUACUUUCUAGGGAUCGAGAUGUGUAGGUCUAAGGAAGGGUUGUUUCUAUCUCAAAGGAAAUACACCCUUGACUUACUAAAUGAGGCUGGAGAUCUUGGUGGAAGAGCUGCCAAAACACCUCUAGAGGAAGGAUACAAAGUGAUGCGUGAGGGGGAGAUUGAAGACAAGUCAUAUGAAGAUAGAAUGGGUAUCGAAAAAGGCAAUCACAAGGAGCCAACUACAGACGAGAGGAAGCCCCUCGCAAAGUGCAAAAGCUUCUCUUUCUGGUUCGGUUUUGUUUGUUACAUAGCCUGUUCUAUUGUUGGGUUCGUUUGGUUGCACAAAGUGAACUCUCGCGAAAAACCAGUUCCGAAGAUAGAACUAGCUUCUAUGGAUUUCACGGUGCUUAAUAUCACAGACACUCGUUUAAGUGCAAAGUGGGAUGUGUCGAUACGGAUCCCCUACGAUCUUCCUGGUCGCUAUAUAUGUCUUCAAGGAGACUUUCAAGCUUCCUUCAUGUACAAGGAUGUUACUCUUGCUACCUCUUCCCCACAAAAAUACAACAAUCUCAAAUACCGUGAAGCUCAGGUUCUUAAGGUUUCAGCAGGUGUCUCGGGAGAAGAUAUUGAGGGUUUGAUAGUUAAAGAUAUAACUGAAGAUAUGAAAGAGAAGAAGGAAGUGCGGUUUGGAACGCGUUUUUAUCUCACUGAUUGCAGGGAAAAGACAACUGGUACUAUGAGAUACGCAUGUGAUGAUGUCACCUUGCGAUUCGAACCAGGUUCCGAGAUGAAGGCGGCUUUGUUUGGGAAGAACCCUAGCUGUGUCAAUUAUUGACCUAACUCCACGUCAUCGCCAGUUCAUUGCCUUUUGUUUUUCUUUUUUGUUUUUUGUGUUUUUCAUCGGAUGAUUGUUACGUUGGAAAAUAUUAGGGUUUUACUUCCUGUUUUCUCUGG